GCGGCUGCCAUGCAGGCUUAGACUUUUGCAGGCUUCGCUCUUCUAUUCCUGGAAAUCACAAAAAGUGUGGCGGCUUCGAGAUCUUCUUCGCCUUUUCUUUCUUUUCCUUCCUUCCUUCUUUCUUUUUUCCCAUCCUCCUCCCUUUUCCUCUCCUUUCCUGACGAGGGUGACUAGGAGCCGGCGAAUCCGCGUUUUUUCUCUCUCUCUCUCUCUCUCUCUCCCUCCCUUUCCCCCUCCCCACCCCCUCCCCAACAGCCCCCAACUACAGCCUGCGCCGCUGCCGCCGCCUCAAAAUUCAAUAAAAUGAGCUCUUAUUUCGUCAACUCACUGUUCUCCAAAUACAAAACCGGGGAGUCCCUGCGCCCCAAUUAUUAUGACUGCGGCUUCGCCCAGGACCUGGGCGGCCGACCCACCGUGGUGUACGGUCCCAGCAGCGGCGGCAGCUUCCAGCACCCGUCGCAAAUCCAAGAGUUCUACCACGGGCCAUCGUCGCUGUCCACGGCUCCCUACCAGCAGAACCCGUGUGCCGUGGCUUGCCACGGGGACCCCGGCAACUUCUACGGCUACGACCCGCUGCAGCGCCAGAGCCUGUUCGGUGCGCAGGAUCCAGACCUGGUGCAGUACGCAGACUGCAAGCUCGCGGCCGCCAGCGGCCUGGGCGAGGAGGCCGAGGGGUCUGAGCAGAGCCCGUCGCCCACACAGCUCUUCCCCUGGAUGCGCCCUCAAGCAGCCGCCGGACGCAGGCGAGGCCGCCAGACCUACAGCCGCUACCAGACCCUGGAGCUGGAGAAGGAGUUCCUAUUUAAUCCCUAUCUGACUCGCAAGCGGAGGAUCGAGGUAUCGCACGCGCUGGGACUGACAGAGAGACAGGUCAAAAUCUGGUUCCAGAACCGGAGAAUGAAGUGGAAAAAGGAGAACAACAAAGACAAGUUCCCCAGCAGUAAAUGUGAGCAGGAGGAGCUGGAGAAAGAGAAGCUGGAGCGGGCGCCCGAGACCGCCGAGCAGGGCGAUGCGCAGAAGGGUGACAAGAAGUAGGCUCCAGCUGGGACUGCUUGGGCCGGGGCUUGCCCGCAUGUCCGCCGGUCCCUCCCGCGACCACACCGCUGUCGCCCGCUCCCCCGCCUCCGAGAGCUCCGGCCCCGCGAGCGGAGCCAGGAGCCGGGCCUCCCACCGCAGCGUCCCCCGCCGCGCCAGUCCCCGCUAGUGGUAGUAUCUCGUAAUAGCUUCUGUGUGUGAGCUACCGUGGGUCUCCUUCCCUUCUCUUGGGGGCCAGGGGGGAAAAAGAAAAGGAUUUUAAACAAGGACGCCCUCGCCCCGCGAGGGUGAGCGACUGCUGCCUGCCAGAGCCCCCUCGCCCCCGCCCCAUGUAAAAAAGCCUCCUUGUGCAAUGGUCUUUUUCCUUUGAACGUGCUUCUUUGUAAUGACCAAGGUACCGAUUUCUGCUAAGUUCUCCCAACAACAUGAAACUGCCUAUUCACGCCGUAAUUCUUUCUGUCUCCCUCUCACUUUCUCUCUCUCUCUCUCUCUCUCUCUCUCUCUCUCUCUCUCUCUCUCUCUCUCUCUCUCUCUCUCUCUCUCUCUCUCUCUUUUCUCUCUCUCACCGCUUCCCCAUCUUUCCUCGCAACCCCGCUCCCCGCUGCCCUCCCUAGCUGGCUUUCUUUCUCGCUUCUCUCUUUUCCUCCUGUUCCCCCCUCCUUUGGUUUGACAAUUUUGUCUUAAGUGUUUCUCAAAAGAGAUUACUUUAGUUAGCAUGCGCGCUGUGAGCAAUUGUUAAAAGUGUUCUUAGGUUUGCUGUGAAGAGAAUGUAUCCUGUAUCCGUGAAUUGCUUUAUUGGGGGGAGGGAGGGCUAAUUAUAUAUUUUGUUGUUCCUCUAUACUUUGUUCUGUUGUCUGAGCCUGAAAAGGGCGGAAGAGUUACAAUAAAGUUUACAAGCGAGAACCCGA